AACUCACAGACUAAAGGUGUGCUCCUCCACCACCACCAGGCCAGAACAUUUUUAAAUUGCUUUUAGCUACUUUUAAAUUAUUUCAAAAAUCAAUGAAGGGAGACCUCAUGUGGAUGGGUAACCUUAUAGGUCUGGAAUUUGGGAAGUGGCUUAAGAUGGAUAUAUCCAAAAAUUUGCUGGUCAGUAUUUAGCCAGAGAUGUGUGUGUUGUAAUUGGGAAUAGUUCUGUUUUUCAUAGUAGUAAUAAUGAAAGCUCAGGAGAGUUGUGGCUAUGAAUGAGUCUUGAAUACCUAGGUAGAAGUGAUAGACAUUAGAAACACAAUUGUGAGAGAAGUUGAGGUCAGUCGACAGGGGAAAAGAGUAUGAUCAAUGUUUCUAAGGCAUAGGACAAUACGGUAGUCACAGUGCCAGCAUUACGAAGUAGAACGUCCCCCGAGGCCAGGACUGAAUGGUUUUGUCUCCUCCAAGUUCAGUUGUUGAAUCCUAAUCUGUGUGGCCUUUGAGAGGUAAUUAGAUUGUAAGCAUAGAUCCCUUUCAUGUGGGAUUAGUGAGUGCCCGUGUAGCAAGAUGCCAGGGAUCCAGCUAAUGCUUUUUCACACCGUUAGAGAAUACCGAUGGAAAUAAGUGGUCUAUAACCAUGGAACAGGGCCUGCCAGGAAUUGCCAAGAAUGGCUCCUUGCCAUCAGACUUAAAGCCUUCAGAUCUGUGAGAAGUACAUUCCUGUCAUUCAUAAGCCACCCAGUAGACAGUAUGUUGUUAGAGCACCCGAACUAAGAUAUCAAGAGUAGUGCCUGUUCUUCAUGCUGUAGGGUUAUUGCAAGUUUGUUUUGAUCCUGUGUAUGUCUACAGGUUUUCAUUUCAGGCCGAUAGGAAAUUUAAGGGACACAAGUCUGCAUCUGUGAGCUACUGAAUAUGGGCUAGAGAGCCGUUGUGGUUUUGAACCACUUAGCAGGGGUGAUUAAGAGCAAAGGUGAGGCCGUGAUAGUCCAGGGGAUGUGAAGGUCAGCGGAAAUAGAAGACGAUGGUGUGUGCGAUGGCAAGUGAUCCUGGAUGGCUGUGAUUGACACAAAGAAUACGUGGUCUUUGGAGCCGGGCCCUGGGCUGCUUGUGGCAGGCAGGGACAUUGGGAGGAGCAGGACUGUGUGACUUUUGAAGAUGUGGCCAUUUGCUUCUCACAUGAAGAAUGGAGACUUCUGGACAAGGCUCAGAGGCACCUGUACGUCAGUGUUACGAUGCAGAACUUUGCACUUAUAAACUCCCUGGGUUGUGGGCACAGAAGAGAAGAUGAAGAGCCAAGAGUUUCUGCAGGAGCAUCACAGGUUUGGCUAUCUGAGACAACUCCAUCUAUACCCAAAACUCACCUCUGUGAAAAGUGUUUCCCGAUUCUUCAAGACAUUUUCCACCUGCCUGAUCUACCUGGGCAGAAGCAUACUGGAGAGCCAUGUCCAAUAUUUGAUCAGCACCAAAAACAUACUAGUAUAGAAAACCACUUGAAGAAUAAUGCUCACAAGGACCCGUACUUGAAACAAUGCCUAUUCCAUAUGUCAGCAAAGUCCUUCCCCAUCUGGGAUGUUGAGAAGGACCUCCUAGACAUACUGAGCCUUCUGAAGUUUCAGGUCUUUCCCAGCACUGAGAAGCCCAGUGAAAGCACUGAGGCUGGGAAAGAAACUCACGGUCAUAUAAAUCCCAUGUCAGGAGACUGUGGGGAGCAAACACUAGUUCACCAGCUGAACGCCUCUAACGUGAAAAAGCUUUGUGAGUGCAGCAAAUGUGGGGAAAGCUUCCGUGGCAAGUACUCGCUUGAUCAGCAUCAAAGAGUCCACACUGGAGAAAGGCCGUGGGAGUGCAGUGAGUGUGGGAAAGUCUUUAGCCAAAUCUCGCACCUGAAUGAUCACCAUCGAAUGCAUACCGGAGAAAGGCCUUACGAGUGCAGCGAAUGUGGAAAAUUAUUUAGACAGAACUCCAGUCUUGUUGACCACCAGAAAAUUCAUACCGGAGACAGACCUUAUGAGUGUAGCCAGUGUGGGAAAUCCUUUAGUCAGAAAGCUACCCUUGUUAAACACCAGCGCGUUCACACCGGAGAGAGGCCAUACAAGUGUAGCGAGUGUGGGAAUUCCUUCAGCCAAAGUGCCAUUCUUAACCAACACUGGAGAAUUCACACUGGAGCAAAGCCUUAUGAUUGUUGCCAGUGUGGGAAGUCCUUUAGCCAAAAAGCCACCCUCAUUAAGCAUCAGAGAGUUCACACGGGGGAGAGGCCUUAUCAGUGUAGUGAGUGUGGGAAGUCCUUCAGUCAGAGCUCCAUCCUCAUUCAGCAUCGGAGAAUUCACACAGGAGCGAGGCCCUAUGAGUGUGGCCAGUGUGGGAGGUCCUUCAGCCAAAGGUCUGGUCUCAUUCAGCAUCAGGUAGUUCACACUGGAGAAAGGCCUUACGAAAGUGACAUAUGUGAGGAUUCUUCUAGCCAAUGCUCUAGCCUCAUUCAUGACCAAAAAUAUCACAGUGAGUAAGUAACCUCAUCAAAGGAGCCAAUGUGGAUAAGCCAAGGCCUGACAUCAUUUAGCUCCUCCAAAUCCGUGCUUGAGAAAAGCCUUAGACUUAAAAGGAAUGCCCUCUUUCAAUAUCAUGACACUAGAGAACCUUCUGAGGUUGAUCUUAGUUCUGCCCACAUCCAGGGGUGUGAGAUUACUUAGGAGUUCAGGCAUGGGUGGGCUCAGGAGCUGCUUUGCCCAUGCUUGAAAAGGCCAGGGUCCUUGCCGUUUAGGUCGGUACCAGUGUUUGUGGUAGAAGCCAUCUUUCUCUACUGCAUAACCAGAGUGCACUGAUCACGCCGCCAUGCGGAAAGAAAGGCAAAUUGUCUGUGCUGCUUGCCUGGUGGAACUCUUGAAUGGAGUAUUUAUGGAGAAUUGGUUCUCCAUUUUUACUGCUUAAAGCAUGGCUACACCUGGACUUUUACCAGGAAGAUCUACCCUAUUGUCUGCUGAAGGUGGCUACAAUUUGCUUACAUGUAAGUAGCCAUGUCUUUAGUAGCCCCAUGUUGUUCCAAUCAGGGGACCUGACACUUAACCCGCUUCUUAAAAAAAAAAAAAAGCAGUUUUGAAAUCAAUGUCACAUGAAAGUUGGGUGAAUGUUUCCAGCCUUCCAUUUACCAGUUGGUCACUGCCUUUUUCCCAUUGCUCUGGUUUGUAUCUAGAUAGAUGCCUUAUUCCAAAAGUUACCUUUACUCUUUGAGUCCAGUUUACUAGUGGGAAGGCUGGAAAACAGACUGAGGUUUCCUAAGAGGCUGGACAGCUUUUGUGGAUGUCUCAGCUUGGUAUACCUCUGCAGGGAAAAAGCAGACCUGCAUGGCUGCCCAAGCGAUGCAGGGCUGUCAUUAUUGGAGCUUAUGAUAUGGAAAUUUUCCGUGCUCAUCUGCUGUACUAGUGGCUAUGGAAUGACUUUGCUCUAUUUUUCUCAGAGGAUGUCCUCAAAAUGCCCAUGGCACGGAAAAGAGGCAGCGUGUGAGGGUCUACAAAGCACGUACCCCAAUAGGAAUGAUUCCCUAGGCUGGCAUCACUCGGGAAAUCACCAGAUCCAGGUGGGAAACAUUGAGCAUACAAAGGAUGGGUCUGGCGGAGUCUGCAGCUAGCCAGACGGAAUACUGUAAAAGUACUCUUGUAAAAAGGCACCCGGCAGUCUUUUGUCUUUUGCUGUGUUCACAAGGCCUAGAGAUCUGUGUAUGUACAAUAGCUGAGGUCAUUGUCCAAAACGUAAUCUAAGGUUUUGUGGGAGAGCGUGGUCUUUUCUUGAUUGUUUCCCUCAAAUCUGUUGCUAUAGAGAUAUGAGCUGGAGAUCCUGUAGGCCAGGAAUGUAGCUGUUGUAAUCACAGUCCAGCUGCUGUACUGGCAGUCUGGUGUGACCACCCUCCUGGCUUCUCAUUAUCUCCUGCAUUAACAAAGGGCCUGUCCUUACCCAUGCCUGAGGACAGAGUGGGAUCAUAAUGGAGGCUACCAAGCCAUCUGGUUUCCAGAAAGUAGGAGUUCUGAGUGUUGCAUUUUGAGUCACUUUUUAUAGUUUAUCGAUGUGCCAGUGAAAUGCAGUCAUCUCUAGGGUUUGUUCUUUGAAAAGUUGUAUGCUCAUCAUUGUGAUGGUGACCUUGUCUCUGGUUUACCUCAUAACCUCUUACAAUCUUUCCCCAGACUAUGUGUUCAGUAGUUUAUAGUUGAUCACAAAAGUCCAGUUUGUGAAUGAAAACAAAAGUUGCUUUUUAUCCCCUAGGUAUUUUUGGCAAUACAUAAUUAUUUUAAGAUCCAUCACUGCUGCUUUUUUAAUAUCCUGUCCUUUAUAUUGCAAUGCUGUGCUUGAUUUUUACAACUACGACACUACCCAUUGAUUUUUUUUUUUUUAUCCAUUCAACUCUUGGUGGAUACUUAAGUUGAGUCCUUUCUUGAGCUGUUACAUAGAAGGCCACAAAGAUAAAGGAGUAUGACUCAUUAUGCAUAUAUAAUCUAGAUUGCUAUAGACCAGUGGUUGGGUCUCAACCUUCCUAAUGCUGUAACCCUGUAUGUAGUUCCUCAUGUUUCGGGGACCCCUAACCACAAAAAUAGUUUUGUUGCUAUUCCAUGAGUGUAAUUUUGCUACUUUUAUGAACCAUAAUGUAAAUAUUUGUUUUCUGAUGGACUUAGGCAACCUCUGUAAAUGGGUUGUUCAACUCCAAAGGGGUCGUGGCCCAUGGUUUGAGAACCACUGAUCAGGACAGCUUGUGAGCUAACUUGUCCCCACUCUUGCUAGUCUUUGGUAUGGAUAAUGUAUUCAGUUUGGGCCAUUUAAAUAGGUGUAUAAUAACAUAUAGUAUAGUCUUAAUUGUGUUUUUGGUGUUUCAGAAUAUUGAAUAUUUUAUGUGUUUAUUUGCCAACUGUGUUUUUAAAACUUUUUCUUUUUGCCUAUUUGAGUGGAAAUUGGUGUUACUGUGAUUUUCAUUAAUAAAUAGAUAUAC